AAAAGCCGGUCCGAGCAAUUUAACUCUGGGCAGAAUGACAGGAGUAUUAGAAAGGAAAGAACUACUUGUGGGUAAAAGACCAACAGAAUUUUUGUGUGUUGGGCCAUCUUUUGAGGAAAAACCCAAUGACAUAGUACUAAUCAUCCCAGGAAACCCAGGCGUGACAGGUUAUUACACCAGCUUCAUGGAGACCAUAUAUAUGACUCUAAAGGGUACUCAUGCUGUUUGGGCCGUUUCCCAUGCCGGACAUUGCUGUACCUCUUACACUAAGUCACAGCUUGGGAAGGAUGUUUAUGACCUAAAGGACCAACUUAAACACAAGAUUGACUUCAUCCAUGAUUUUGUUCCCAAAGGAGCAAAAGUUACACUUGUUGGACAUUCCAUAGGUUGUCAGAUAAUCCUCAAUGUUCUUCAGGCAUUUGAGGAUAACACAGAUAUAAACAUAAAGUUUAGUUACCUCCUGUUCCCCACCAUAGAGAGAAUGAAGGACUCACCAAAUGGGACUCGUCUUUGGCCUGUACUCUGCUAUUUCCGUUGGCUUACCAUUUUCUUGGCCAUCAUUGCAAGUUUUAUACCAAAGAAGAUAAAGGAGAGCUUGCUCUAUCUAUAUUUUGGAAGAAAAGCACAUAAACAUGUAAUAAAGGCCUCAACUGAGCUCUUGAAUCCCAAGAUUAUACAGAAUGUCCUCUGGAUGGCAUAUAGUGAAUUGAAUGAAGUACUUAUGCCCAAUCUAACAGCACUUGAGAAACACAAGAGCAAGGUAAUGCUAUAUUACGGAGCAAAUGAUGGCUGGUGUCCUUUGUCCUAUCACCAGGAUCUGGUAGCAAAGGUGAAAAGAGUUAAUGCCCAAGUGUGUCAGGAAGGACACGCACAUGCUUUUGUUCUGAAGAGCUCAGUGCCCAUGGGAGAAAAGGUGGCAAAUUGGAUGAUAUCCUGAGAAAACUUGCAGUAUGCAAGUAUUUAUUAAGAAUAUGCAUUUACUAAGAAUUAAGUAAUUUAUUAGGUGUGUGUGUGCACGUGUGUUUUGUAUGUUUUUUGUAUGUUUCUGUUGUGGGUGCAUGCAUGUGUGCAUGUUUUAUGCAGCAUUAAUGAGCACCUGUUUCUUGGCAGUGGUGUAAUUGGUUCAGAAGUUUAAAGAAAAGAGAUUGAAGAUCAUAUAUUUUCUCUAAGAAAACAGCAUAUACCCUCUGACCAAGAAUAUAUUUAAGGGUGUUAAGAUGGCUCAUUAUGUAAUUUUCAGUCUUUAUUUUGUUAAGGAUACCGUUUAUGAUUGUGUUAGUUUACGGCUAUUUUGUAUGUAAUUAAUGAAUGCUGGGAAAGUAUAUUGAAGCUUUUAGAUUACAUCUUAGUUAUUACUAUGAUAUGUUGGCAUUGGAGAAAAUAUCAUAUAUUUAAUGUCUUAUUUAAAACAAAGGUUAGAUUCAAAGGAUUAUAUUUUGUUAAGCUAUCAGCAUGAAUUACAAAGUAGAAAAUGUUGAACCAGACACAAAUAUUAUUAUUUUUAAAUCAAAGACAAGCUCAACCCUUUCUCACUUCCUCCUACUUUGUCAUUGUUCAUCAGCUUCAUCUUCUACUUCUUUUCACUUUUUCUUUUUCAUCUUCUUUCUUCUCCUUUUCUUCUUUUUUCAGUUCCACUUCUUCUUCUUCUUCCUCUUUUUCUUCUCUUCCUCCUUUUUUUUCUUCCUUAAUUUUUCUCUUGUUUUCCCUUUUAUUCCUUUUAUUUUAUAGCUUUUUUUUUUCUUUCCCUCUUUCUUUUUUCUUGUCUUUUAUUUUUAUUUGUCUUUUUUGUUAUUUAUAUUUUAUUUUUAUUUUAUUUAUUUUUAUUUUUUUUCUUUUCCUUUUUCCUUUUUCAUUUUUUGUGUUUCAUUGUUUCUCUUUCUUUUCCCAGUCAUUUGUAUUUUCAUUUUCUUAUAUAGCAUUUCCUUUUUUAUUUGUUUGUUUGAUUUUUCUUUUACUUUUACUGUUUCUUUGAUUUUUAAUUUUGCUGUUAUGAUUGUUUUUUUGUUUGUUUUUUUCAUCUAUUUCUUCUUCUUUUCUUUUCCUAUUUCUUUCUCCCUUUCUUUACAUUCUCUUCCUCUUUUCAUUUAAUCUACUCUCUUAAAGAUAAGUAUGUGAUAAGACUUUACAGAUGAAAGGUGCUACUGAAACCUUGUUUGUAGCAUUUAUUCUUUAUCAUUCCUAUAUUUCAUAUUUUAUGAAUAAGUAUAAGUGGAACCAUUAUUAGAUACAUGUACAAGUGUAUUUAGGCUUGGAAAUAAAUAUCUGGACUAAGGAGAUGAACUGAGUUUUCUACUCAUUAAUUCUCUUUAUGAUAACUAAUUCUAGAGACUAUGAACAGUAGUAGGUAUGUUAUAUAGUAUAUAAUCAUUUUUCAGAGUAAAAGAUAGUUCUUCAUUUUAGAAGUUGUUUGUACUGUUCAUGUUCUUCACUAUGAAGAGAUAAAAAUUGUGAACAGGUAGAAUUAUAAAUAUAUGUGCUUUAACUUUAAUCUAGAUGUACUGCAGGUUGCAGUUCACUAAUCCAACAGCUUUAAUAGACAUUGGUAUGAAUCUGGCCACUUGGCCAGCUGUGGCACAAGCCCAUGUGUUACAGUACAGUAAACUUGUACCAUGGGACCACACACUAUCAUAGAGAAGUCCAAUAAGCUUGAACUAGUCUUAUGCCUAUGGAAAUGUUAUUGGUAUCAGUGAUAUCAAGCUGUAAAUGUACGAUUUUGCCCUUUUUACCCAAAGUUUCAAUAAUUCUUAAAAUCCCCAAGCCUACUAGGUGAAUGAGCUUCAACCUAGGCUAAUAUGGCAAGAAACAGAUGUAUUUCCUCCAAUUCUUCAGGUGUUUAUGACAUCAUAUUUUCACUACUUGAUGUUUUUCCUCCUCAAAGAAUGUAAGUUUAUUCUAGUAAUGAAUAUAUUUGGAAGUUGCCUACUGUAAACAUUCCAUGACAAUAUCCAUUGUUAUAACAUUGUCCUCUCAAAAUUCUCUUGCACGGUGUGUCUGUUAAAAGACAACGUUGUUAGUAAACAAAGGAUCCAUUA